AUGUUCGCUCCCUCCAUUUCUCGAGCUGCUGCUCGUAGCUCGGCCAUGCCGAUGUCUGCCAUUCGUUCCUACCGCAGUGUUUCAAGCCCUGUGGCUUGCCUCAAUGCCCGUCCUCAGGCUGAGAAGAAGUCUAUUGCUCCCCAGCAGACCCGCGCCGCCUCCGAGCAUGCCAUUGCCAAUCCCACACUCGCCGGUAUUGAGAAGCGCUGGGAGGCUUUGCCCCCCCAGGAGCAGGCCGACCUCUGGAUGCAGCUGAGGGACCGCAUGAAGGUUGACUGGCACCAGAUGACCAUCCAGGAGAAGAAGGCCGCCUACUGGAUCGCUUUCGGACCUCACGGACCCCGUUCUCAACCCCCCAAGGGCGAGGGUUUGAGAAUCUUUACCAAGGUCGUUCAGCUCUGCGCUGUCUCUGUCGGCGUUUUCUACCUCAUCCACGCCUUCGCUAAGCCCCAGCCCAAGACCAUGAGCAAGGAAUGGCAGGAGGCCUCUAACGAAUACGCUCUGCGCGAGAAGAUGAACCCCCUUUACGGCAUCAGCAGCGAGGGCUACGAGGGCAAGGGAUUCGUCCAGAGCCCUCCCCUUGAGAAGUCAUAA